AUGGCGUCCUGCGCGGCACGACACGUGGCUGCUGUCGCGACGUCCUACUCGCGCGACUCUUCGCUGCGCGACAGUGACGCCAAGGAUUCGCUGAAGGCAAUCCUCCAUGAUGCGGCUUUUUCCGCUGCUGUCGCCGUCAGCAGUGACGCCACACCUCAAUCCCCCGCCGCCGCGAAAACCGCCGCUGAAGGCGCCGCUUGUGAGGCCCCCGUCGUUCUAGUUCGCGCGGGAACGUUGGCGACGCGACGAAAACUGAAGUGCGGUUCGCUGCGCCUUGACGUGUCCCUUCAAGUUGACGAUCACGGCGGCGGCGCCGCCGAUGAUGUAGUUGACGUAGCUGAUUUGGACGGUCGCUGCGGCAUUGACGGCGCGAAUGACGAUCAUUUCUCCUUCGAGACGCCGUGGCAGGCGACGGUAGUACCAGCAAUUGUGACGACGGCGACGUCGCCAACGAUCGCAUGGUCGUCGCACGGGCGACAGUUCCGAAAGUCGUCCUCCGCGUCAUCCGCUCCCCUCUCCGUCGCCGACGGGAGCGCCAAUCAUGCGAACGACGCGGCGUUGCAGUCUUACUUCGCAGCAGCGGCAGCUGCAUCGCUGGCAGCCGCGGCGUUUCCGCGAGCGGCGUCUGCUGGCGCCGCGUAUGACAAGCCUUCGCGCAGCCCACUCUCUUCACUCACGAUCGCCCCCCCCUCCCCACCGCUCGGUGCGCAGCAGAUCUCGCCGGCGGAUGCGGCGGCUCGUCACGCGGACUAUCCACGUGGCGCCAUCUCGCAAAAGCCUCAGCGCCGCAAGCGGCAGAAUCUUCUUCACAAACCAGCCGCGGAGGCACACGCUGCUGCGCGGCAGCUCGCAGCGCCACAGGCAGCUGCGGCGCAGCUCGCGGAGUUUGCGCGCGGGGGGCUGCUCUCCCUUGUUACUCCCUUCGCGGAUGGACGUGUGCCGCGGGUGUGCGACCCCGCGUUACAGCCACACAGCGGUUCCGCUAAGGGAGGCAAGUUGGACGGAGGCCAUGUCGUCAUGAAGCCACCCGGUACUAAGUCCGCUGCGCGGUCGAUCCGCCAGCAGAAGCGGCGGCGCGUGCCGUUGUCUACCAUUGCUAUAGUCACAACAUGCGCCGCGCUUUUCUUCGUAUCCGUCAUUUUCCGCCGAACGGUGUCCCGCGCCGCUGCUGGUGCGGAUAACGAAAUCAACGACAGCCAUGACAUUAGAACUAGUCGCGGGUUAGUAACAGACUCAGGCCGGCAGGUUCAGUUAACGUCACCGUCAACGUCGUUGGGUUUCUCCUCACCAGAUUCUCUCCUGAGAGGCACAAGUAGCGUCGCAGGAACUUCAGGAGCCGCCGACCAAUCAGGUGACUCCGGCGACGGAAGCGCUGUCGUCGCUGGUCCGCGGCGGGUGACUGGUUCUGGUGACGAAAUCGCAGAAAGCGGGCUGGACACGGAUGGCGGGAAAGGGGGCGGAAAUGACAAUUUCCAUAACGAUGAUGACAAUAACGAAGCCUCUAACUGGGCGAAGCUUUUGGAGGAAAAGCCUCGUACCGCAGGCAGCAACAGCGGCCACCUAACAGCUGCUGCAGCAGCGGCCGCUGCUGACGACGACGAUUCCGAUGCUGACGUGGCCGCGGACGACGCGGAGCACGAGAGCGCGACUCCCGCGAAGCUUCCUGUCCGUUUCCUCCCGCUGACGCACGACAUGGGGGACGAGGAGCUCUUCUGGCGCGCAUCCAUGGUCCCCCUGCGCCGCCGCACCCGCCCGCGCGGAGCUGGCGCGGGCGUUGGAGCGGAGGGGGAAGGCGGAGGCGCGGGCGGAGGGGGAAGGCGCAGUAUAGGGCCUGCGAAAGUAGCGCUACUGUUUUACAGCGCGGGAACGAUGCCGUUUGCCCCGCUGUGGGCCAGAUGGUUAGAGGGGCAUGAGGACCGAGUGUCAGUCUAUGUGUUAACUGACGAGACGAAGAUAGAUAAAUCGUUAUUUCCCCCUAUUUUCCGGGGUAGAUUCGUGCCGAACAGGUCCCCUGGCGAGCCCGCUUCGGCCGAUUCGAAGACUGUACACAUGAGCACAGUGGACGGCAUGCGUCGUCUGCUAGCGAACGCGCUUUUGGACUUUUCUAACGAGCGGUUCGUGACUAUAUGCGAGCUCUGCAUCCCUAUCCAUAACUUCACUUUCGUUUACUCGUACCUCAUCUCUCCUCAUCACUCCGCCGCCCUCUCCUCUCCCUCCACCUUGUUUCAACCCAAGUCACUGACUUCCUCUGGGUUACAUCUCGCCGGUAUGGUUCCAUCUGCGCCGCGUAGUUACAUCCCGUCGAACGACGUGUCAGGGGAGGGCGGGAGGGAUCGUUUCAACCCCAAUUGCUUUGAGCCGAUGCUGAGUGUGGAGCAGUGGAGGAAGGGAGGGGCGUGGAUUGGACUCACUCGGAGGCUUGCCGUGCAGGUAGCAGUGGAGGAAGAGGGGGGUGUGAUUGGUCUCACACGAGGGCUUGCCGUGCAGGUCAUAUCAGACAGCAAGUUUUAUGACAAAUUCGCGGCCUGCUGUGUGCCGGUGCGAGGGGUCUUCCCAGCCUGCUUCCCCUCAGAGCACUACCUCCCCUCCAUCGUCCCCAUUCUCCUAACCCCCGACCUCGUGUCUCUCAUGCGCCACUGCCACUUCGGCAAUCUCUGCCAUCUCUUUGCCGGCCAUUUCCACCCAUCUGCCAUCUAA